AUUGAAAGGCAUCGUGAAGAUGGUCAUCAACGCCUGUACAAUGAUUACUUCGCUGAGAACCCAACAUACCCAGAAGAAAAGUUUCGAUGUAGAUUUCGCAUGCGAAGAAACUUAUUUCUUCGCAUAGUUGAAGGUGUCACGAAUCAAGAUCCAUACUUCCAAAGCAACCCUGAUUGUACGGGCAGAGAAAGCUUCUCAGCACUCCAAAAGUGUACAGCAUCAAUGCGAAUGCUAGCAUACGGUACGGCUGCAGACAGUGUAAACGAAUAUAUGAGAAUUGCUGAGAGCACCACUGCAGAAUGUGUUCAACAUUUUGUACGAGCUGUUAAUGCUGCAUUUGGGGACGAGUACCUGAGGAGGCCGAAUGCCACAGAUAUUGCUCGCUUGCUCCACGUGGGACAACAAAGAGGUUUCCCAGGUAUGCUAGGAAGUAUUGAUUGUAUGCAUUGGGAGUGGAAAAAUUGUCCAACGGCAUGGAAGGGUCAAUAUGCUAGAGGGGAUCAUAAAACUCCUACGAUUAUGCUUGAAGCUGUUGCUUCGCAGGAUUUGUGGAUAUGGCAUGCUUUUUUUGGUCUUCCAGGUACAUUGAAUGACAUAAAUGUGCUAGAUCGGUCUCCUGUUUUCUAUGAGGUGUUAGAAGGAAAAGCACCAAAGAUUCAGUAUUCUGUUAAUGGAAGUAACUAUAAUUUGGGUUACUACCUCACUGAUGGUAUUUAUCCUAAUUGGGCAACAUUUGUCAAGUCAAUCCCAUUACCUCAAGGACCGAAGCACAAGUUAUUCGCUAAGAAGCAAGAGGCAGCCAGGAAAGAUGUUGAAAGAGCAUUUGGGGUACUCCAAGCACGAUUUGCAAUCAUUAAUGGUCCAUCACGCAUGUGGUGCAAAGGUAUAAUGGGAGACAUCACGAGAGCAUGUGUAAUUAUGCACAACAUGAUCGUGGAAGAUGAGCGGGAUUCAUAUAUUCGUCAUUUUGAUUACACACACGACGAAGUGAACUUCAAUGUAUCCAUGCCAACAGUUUCUCAAUCUCGUCUCCCUGAAUAUGAAGAGUAUCUUCGAAACAAUGCAAGAAUUCGUAAUCUGUCAACAAAUAGCCGACUUCAAGCUGAUUUGAUAGAAGAGAUAUGGAGUCGAUUUGGUGACGAGGAAGAAGAUGAUUAA